GAUUACGCUUUAUAUACAACGUAUGUCCUUCGUAUGUGUAUGUAUGACCAUGAGGAAGAAGACCCCACAUUGAAAAGCCUUGGGAACUUCCAAUUUCAAAAAUGUGAAAGCACCUUCUUAUCUCCCCAUAUUUUUCUUUCACAUAAUAUUAAACUUCAUACCUUUGAAUUCAAUAUUUCCCAAACUUGAAGCUUCCUUCUUCCUCCCUUUCAACCAAACACACCCUUCAAUUCUCUCUAUCUGGCCAUCCAUCACUAUCCCCUCUUCCUACCUUGGAAAGCUGCUCUCUUCCUUACCAAACUUUCCAUUCAAACAUAACGUUAUUACCCCCUUUAAAUCCCUUUAAUUCCCAAAAUUAUAAACUCAUUCAAUUCAAUUAUACAUCUAGAAAUGUAUCAUUAUGGUUUCCUUACCACAUUUUUCUUAGUCUUUUUGGUAUCGGCCAAAGUUACCUUGGCCGAUACCAUUGGUCAAAGGUUUAAGGAAGCACCACAAUAUUACAACGCCCCGAGUUGUCCAAACAUUGUGACGACUCAUGAUAGUAGUUUACAAGAUGUUAACCCUUACGGGUCUGAGGAGGCUGUGCACGUUGCGAUGACGCUUGACUUGACAUACCUUCGCGGCUCAAUGGCCGCGAUCUUAUCGGUCCUACAACACACGUCCUGCCCCCAGAACAUCUUCUUUCAUUUUGUCAUCUCGUCGUCUACACCAACCUCGAAUUUACGGGCCACGAUUGCAACCUCGUUCCCGUAUCUUCAUUUCGAACUCUACCCCUUCGAUGACGAUUCGGUCUCGGGUUUGAUCUCGACUUCAAUACGGUCAGCACUCGACUGUCCAUUAAACUACGCGCGAUCAUACCUCGCGAACCUCCUCCCACUAUAUGUAUCCCGAGUCGUGUACCUAGAUAGCGAUGUCGUCGUUGUCGACGACAUCGCUACGCUGUACAAUGUCGAUUUAGUAGAUGAUAAAGUAUUGGCUGCUCCUCAAUACUGCAACGCCAACUUCACUGCUUACUUCACCUCCACAUUUUGGUCCAACCCUUCCUUGUCCGUCACGUUUGCUGACAGAGAAGCGUGUUACUUUAACACGGGGGUAAUGGUCAUCGACUUGAAUCGUUGGCGGUCGGGUGAUUACACCCGUCGGAUCGAGGAUUGGAUGGAGCUUCAGAAACAAAUGAGGAUUUACGAGCUCGGUUCAUUACCCCCAUUUCUACUUGUUUUUGCCGGGAAUAUCGUCCCGGUUGAUCAUAGAUGGAACCAACAUGGUCUCGGUGGAGAUAAUUUUCGUGGGCUUUGUCGCGAUUUACAUCCGGGCCCAGUUAGCCUUCUCCACUGGAGUGGAAAAGGCAAACCCUGGGCCCGUCUAGACGCUAAUCGCCCUUGCCCACUCGACGCCUUGUGGGCCCCUUACGACCUCCUCCAAACCCCCUACGCCGCCGCCCUGGAGUCGUAAAGAUAAAUCAGUAAAUACUCCGCAUUACAUAAGUCCAGACUCACCGACGGUUCAUAAAUGGUCAGGUAUUGGUCAGCUUUUUCCUAAUCAAUACUAAUAAUAAUAUUAUAAUGCUCUCAAACAACGAUCAAUGUGGGACCGAUCGAGAGUAUUAUUACUGUUACUAUUAUUAUUAAAUAGCUAGGCUGCCGACACAAUAUAUGGAUAUGUAAGUAUGUAAGAUUCUCUGGCGCUGCAUAGUCGGGGAAUUAUUAUUAAUUUUUUUUUUUUUAUUACAUCAAAAACAAGUGCUUCAAUGUAAAUGGGAGAUCAAGAAGAACACAAAACAGUAAAGAAGAUGGAAGAUAAAGAUGAAGAAGGUGAUGAUAAGUUUAAUUACAUGUAUUUCUGUAAUUGUUUUGUUAUUUUAUUUUAUAGUAUAAAAUAUAAGUACAUGGGAGUUAAUUAAUGAGGGGAAUUAGUUAGCUAGAGGAAAUGGUGGGGGAAAAGUAGAAGAGAAUUAUAAAUAGAAAAGCACAUGCUUCAAAUUUUGUUCUAAUAAAUUUUCCAUAUGGGAUGGAAGAGGUAUCAUAUGGCAUUAUUCGUUGCAUAUACUACGAAUAAUCAAACUUGUACAUAAAUCAUUUUGCUCAAUUAAUACAAAAUAAAUAAUAAUUGGACGUCUUUAUUCA